GGUCAAUCAAUCUAAGGUUCUUUAGGUCGCUUGAUGUGGGUAGUUGAAUCAGUCUGAUACUAUCAUCUCAAUAACCGAUUGACACAAAUGGGUAAGAAAAAUAAGAAGAAGGAUAAAAAGGGUUAUGGAGCUGAAAAAACUGCUGCAAAAACGGCAAAGAAGGCAGAAAAGAGGGCUAUAAAGGAGUUAGGAAUCGAUGAGGACAUUGAUUCCCUAAUUGCUGAAUUUGUUGAGAUUGAUAGAAGAAGAGUUGAUGUUGUUGAAAAGCAGACACCACCACCAUCGCCAAGAUGCAACAUGACUCUCACUGCACAUCCAGAUAAAGAGGAACUUAUAUUAUUCGGGGGUGAAUUUUUUAAUGGAAAGCAGACAUUUAUGUACAAUGAUUUGUAUUUUUACAACAUCAAGAAAAACAGUUGGACCUUGGUUAAAAUUCCAAAUGCUCCACCUCCUAGAUGUUCACAUCAGGCCGUGGGGGUAGCUCAGAGUGGUGGACAGCUUUGGAUGUUCGGAGGAGAGUUUGCCUCACCAACCCAGUCAAAAUUCCAUCACUAUAAGGAUUUAUGGAUUUUACAUCUUUCAGAAAAAAGAUGGGAGAAAAUAAGUGCACCUGGAGCACCGUCUUCUAGAAGUGGUCAUCGGAUGGUUGUUUGUAAACGACAGUUGAUAGUGUUCGGAGGUUUUCAUGAGAGCAUAAGGUAUUACGGAUUACCGUUAUUUGACGAUCUCCAUGCAUUUAAUUUGGACACUUACAAUUGGAUAAAAUUAGCGCCCUCUGGUGUCGGCCCAACUCCCCGGUCCGGGUGCCAACUUUCUGUGCGUAAUGAUGGUGCAAUUCUGGUCUAUGGUGGUUAUACGAAGAAACAAAUAAAAAAAGAUGUUGAUAAAGGUGUCAUACACGAAGACAUGUAUAUACUUAGUAAUUCAGUUAAGGAAGGGAAAUCUGGAGGUGAUGUAGAAGCUACAGGUGCAGUGAAAUGGAAAUGGAACAAAAUGAGCCAGUCUGGAAUAAAACCAUCACCUCGAUCCGGAGCCACAAUGGUUGUCACCACGGGAAACAAGGUAAUGAUGUUUGGGGGAGUGUUCGAUCAAGAUGAUGAUGACGAUGAUGAAAACAUUGAAAGUGAGUUUUACAAUGAAAUGUACAGUCUUGACUUGGAGAAAGGAAAAUGGUUUGAAAUGUCUUUAAAAUCAACCAAAACAAAAAAGAAAAGACGAAGAAGAAAAACAAAGGAUAAGGAUGUUGCCGAGCAACAACCAGGAGAGACAGAUACCUCAGGUGAUAAGAAUGAGGAAAGCGAUAAUGAAGAUGAAGAGGAUGGUAAUAAAGAUGAUGAUGACGUGGAGGAAUUCAUACCGUGUGCUCGUAUGAACACAUUACUUGUGGUAAAACACGGCAUUCUCUACUUAUAUGGAGGGGUGUACGAAAUAGGUGACAAAGAAGUUACGCUAAACGACAUGUACUCUAUAGAUGUACACAAGUUUGACAAAUGGAAUACUUUGGUUGCCAUGGAAACAAGAGACCAGGAUUGGGAAGACGAAGAUUCCUCAUCUAGUGAUGAAGACAAAGAUGAUGUUGCUGAUGAGAGUGACAAAAAUGAUGAUGUCGGUGAUAAAAAAGAUGAUGAGGAAUUACAAGGAGCAGUAGGGGGUAUUCAGGCUACUGUGAUGUAACUGUAGACUCAAAUAUACGUCAUCAGUGCAUGGUCAGAUCACCACCAGAGAGCUCCGUUGUAUGCUCCAUUCAUGGGAUUCCACCACAGUAUAUCUGAGCAUUCCAAACACAGUAUGUCUUGGUUGAAAGUCACAUUCUUAUUACAUUGUACAAUGUGUUUUUCAACUUUAAAAAAUGAGAAAAAAAGAAAGAGUAUUGUGACAGUACUAUUUAUGAACUAGAGAUGUGUCUUCUCUUACAUACUGU